AACAAAUCUUCAUUAUUUUUUGCAGUUUUUUUAUCAGAAAAAAAUGUUUACGUAAUUUAUUUUUCAUCCCUUAUUUCUAUUCUUUAGUUGCAAAUAUUUGAAUUACUUAAAUAAAUGAUUACCUGCAGUAAAAUAAUGAUUUACACAAGGGUUCCAACAAUGCCCAUCCUUGCCUUACUUUGCUAAUCAACUUUCAGUGCUCCUUUCUCAUGUAACCGAUAUUCUUCCUCAAGAAAAAAAAAUGUAUUCGGGAUCAACAGAGGAUAACCUGAUGCUGGAACUAAAGCCGGAGGUGAUCGAAGAAGUCAUAAAAACAGGAACUGACCUACGCCAGUAUUCCAAAGAAGUAGAGAAAAAAUUACGCGAAUGUGAAAAUAAGUCAAUUCAAGACUACAUCAAAGAAAGCCAAAACAUAGUAAAUCUUCAUAAUAGAAUAAACAGCUGCGACGAUAUCUUAGAACGAAUGGAAAACAUGCUACUGAACUUCAAAUCGGAUCUUGGUAAUAUUAGUAGCGAGAUCAUAUCAUUACAGAAGAAAUCAGUGGAAAUGAAUCAACGUUUAAACAACAGACAAUCUGUACGAGGACAUUUGAGUCAAUUUAUCGAUGAUAUCUCUGUUUCUGAAGAACACAUAAGAAUUAUAUUGGAAGCAGAUGUUACCGAUAAAGAAUUCAUUAAACAACUUUCGGUGCUUAGUCAAAAAAUCAAUUUUGUGCGAGAACAGAACACUGCUGGUAUCAACGCUUGUCAAGAUGUAAAAGAGGUACUGGAAAUGUUGAAAAUAAAAGCAGUCACUAAAAUUCGUGCUUACAUCAUGGAACAAAUUUCUAAAUUGAGAAGACCGAUGACCAAUUAUCAUAUGCCUCAAAAUGCCCUUCUCAAGCAUAAAUUGUUUUUUGAAUUCUUACUCACCAAUGAAAUCGCCGUCGCUCACGAAAUUUGCAACGAGUACGUCGAUACAAUGGGAAAAGUUUAUUUCUCUUAUUUCAAAUCGUAUUCGUCCAAUUUAAAAAAAUUGCAAUUUGAGGAAGCUGCUUCCAAAGAAGAUCUAUUAGGUGCUUCCGAGUCGAGUAACAGAGGGUUUUUCUCUAAAUCUUCGCUAAAACAGAAAAAUACAGUUUUUACGAUCGGAAAUCGAGGAGAUAUACUAAGUAAUCAAUUAGAAGCACCGGUUAUAAUUCCUCACAGUGCUCAUCAACAAGAAACACGGUAUCCUUUCGAAGCAUUAUUUCGUUCUCAACAAUAUGCUCUUUUAGAUAAUGCUUGUCGAGAGUACUUAUUCAUUUGUGAAUUUUUCACCGUCAAAGGAGAUGCUGCUUUAGAAUUGUUCAAAGGAAUUAUGACACAGACAUUAAAUUUAUUAACUAAAAAUCUGGAAACAUUUGUAGAAAAUUGUUACGACUUGAUAGCUUUAUUAUUAUGCUAUCAUAUAUCUUUACGGUACAUGCUGAUGUGUCAUAAACGUGCUGUACCAGCAUUAGAUGAUUAUUGGAAUAAAAUGGAACCUAUAAUAAUGGCCAGAUUUGAACACGUUAUGCGAUUAAAUAUCGAAAGUGUCAGAAUAUGUGAUCCUAACAAAUUUAAGCAGGAUAUGAAUCCGCAUUACAUUACUCGCAGAUACGCCGAACUGAGCGCAGCAAUUAUAAGUAUUGAUAGUAGUUAUCCAAAUGAAAUGGUUACCAAAUUAUUAGCUGCAUUAUUAGAAGAAGUGCAAUGUUUUAUUUUAAAAAUGGCUGCUAUUUUCACUGGUCGAAAAGAGCAACUUAUAUUUUUAAUCAACAAUUACGAUUUAGCUUUGAAUAUAAUCACCGAGCGAAUCAGAAAUAAUUCCAAAGAAGUUGAUUCUUUUCGUUCGUUGGUAGAUGCUAGAAGUAUCGAAUAUGUAGAAGAAAUUCUUUCUCCUCAUUUUGGAGGUAUUAUUCAGUAUGUUAGAGAAGGAGAAAAUUUAUUAGAACGAAAUUUAAUGGAAGAGUUGAAAAAACAAGAAGGCAAACAGAAGAAUUUAGUUCAGCAGUUCUGCGAUAACUGGAAAGCCUCUUUAGAUAAUAUAAACCGUACGGUAUUAUCAUCGUUUCCAAAUUUAGUCACUGGUUCAUCUCUUCUUCAGCUAGCAUUCACGCAGCUGAUACAGUAUUGCAAUCGAUUCACCAAACUAUUAACUCCAGCUGUGAAACCUCAGUUCCCUAAUAUUCAUUUAAUGUUACAUGAACUGAAAAAGUAUAAGACCAAUUUUUAAGCAUUCUGAAAAUUUAUUGCAUUCCGGGAAUUUUUAUCUUCAAAGUACCUAUCCUAUCCUAUUUUUGCACUAUUGAGUAAUGUAAUCUGUUAUUUAAGUAACUUAUUUAGCAAAUUUUUCUAGAGUUAAAUUAUUUGUUUGUUAUGCUAUCUGAUAAAUGUUUUGUAUUCUG